CACUGGCAGCUAGCCUAGCCGAGCUAACGUUGCUAAUCUGGUUUAUCGCCUCAGUUAAGCCCGCGGGACGAUAGUCGGGGCUACCAAAUUCACUGCUUUUCACUCCCUUUGAGCGUAAUAAUUAUCUGAGAACCAACGACCCUUCGUUUCCACCAUGGCAUCACUCGGGGAGCCCGUGCGACUGGAGAGAGAUAUCAACCGUGCAAUUGAACUGCUUGAUAAACUCCAGAGGACAGGGGAGGUGCCUCCUCAGAAGCUUCAGGCGCUGCAGAGGGUCUUGCAGAGUGAAUUCUGUAAUGCUGUCAGAGAAGUUUAUGAGCAUGUGUAUGAAACUGUGGAUAUAACCAGCAGUCCUGAGGUCAGGGCCAACGCCACAGCUAAGGCUACAGUGGCAGCUUUUGCAGCAAGUGAAGGACACUCACAUCCACGAGUUGUGGAGCUGCCGAAGACGGAAGAAGGCCUGGGCUUCAAUAUAAUGGGUGGAAAGGAGCAGAACUCGCCUAUUUACAUCUCAAGGAUCAUCCCAGGAGGCAUCGCCGACCGCCAUGGAGGCCUGAAAAGAGGCGAUCAGCUUCUCUCUGUUAACGGGGUGAGUGUUGAAGGUGAACAUCAUGAGAAAGCUGUGGAACUCCUCAAAGCAGCUCAGGGCACAGUGAAGCUGGUAGUGAGGUACACCCCCAAAGUCCUUGAGGAAAUGGAAUCACGCUUUGAGAAAAUGAGGUCAGCGAAGCGCCGGCAACAGAACAACUAUCCUCAGUAGGAUAUUUUUUAUUUUUUUUUUUUUUUCUCUCCAUGUUGAUGCCCAGCUUCCAUGUCUCUCCUCCUCUAGCUUUCUGACCAUCUGUUCUGGUCUCUCCCUCUCAUCUCUUUGCCCUCCCAAUUAUAAAAGAUAUAAUUAAUUUUAUUUGUAGAUCUUCGUCAUACAUGAUGUAUUGUUCUCCACCUCUGUAGCAUUUUUGAUAUUUGCCAUUGUUACUGUACCAGACACUAAACUCUAGAUGAACACUACAAUGAUGACGAUUGUCAGUGAGAGUCACACCAUGUGCAUUAUUUCUGAAUUGACAAUUUGAAUGCAACUUUGAAUACUUUUGAGAAAAACUGUAUGACUCCUUUGACAGGAAAGGUAGUGUGUGAGUGUGUGUGUGUGGGGGGGUGGGGUAGUUAUUUUUUGUUAUUAAAUCACAGCCACUAUCAAGUGCCUCAGGGCAAACACAUUUAUCUUAUGUACUGUCAACUAAUCUUGUUUUUUCUUUUGGUUAUUUAAAGUUUAGUAUUGGUGAUUCAAUCUUUGUGACUGAAAAUACAACAUACUUUGAGUUUAUUAGUCUAAAACUAUUUUUAUUUGGUAUAAAACCCUUAAACUGCAGAAACUUCAAAAGAUGCAGUUUAAUUAUUAUUGCUUGUCUACAGGCAUGUCCAGAAUAGAGAAGUUUGGAGGACAUGACAACAUUUUAUAUCAGUUAAAAGAAGAUCAGAUGUUGAAUAACUGUAACCACUGUACGGUCACUUGGAAACAGAAAACAUGUAAAUUUGAAGGUUUUUCCUCUGGGCUAAGUUUUUAAGUUUUCUAAGCCCAGCACCGACUUUAUGUGAUGUAAUGGGGUCUCAGUAACUUGUGAAAUUACAAUGGUGCCACCACAUACUGUAGAUUCAUACAUUCAAUUUCAUGAGAGAAGGAAACCAUAGGAAGCACACAUUUGGCAGUUAGGACAAACUGUUUUGGUUUCUGAUUAACUUGUUAUCACUCACAGUUCCACAGGGAAGUUUACAUACACUCAUAAUGGAAGAAAAUGUCAUGGAAAUGUUGGACUUUUAACAAAUUCUGAGAAUAACUUUUUCCUCAGGGUCAGAAUGAAUGUACAGUACAUCCUAGAAAUUGGUGGACAAGUUUUAGAAUUUUGUUUUCAAUAAAUAAAAGGGGAAUCCAAAACAGUUCUCUGUACUUUUGUUAGCUUUCAAAGAACGUCAGGCAGCGUUCUUGUUAGAUUUUGGACUGCUUAGCUGAAUUUGUAGAGUUUAGUUAAACUGGUUGGCAUGGGCCUGACUUUGAAAAACUUGCUUUAUUUUUAUUUAUUUAUUUUUUAUGUCAUAGUUGACGUCCUCAUUUUUUUGGAGGUACAAAGCUACACUUUUUCAUCGAGAUCUCUACAGUGAUAUAGACCUGAACAUGACAAUGUUCCAGCAGCUCCCACUCUGUGGCAGGCCUGAUCAAUACAGGAUUUAGUCAGAUUGGAUCUCCUUUCAGGUUUUGACCGAAUGAUUGUCACCUCUGGAUAAUUUGUCUGUACACAUACUCAUUUAGACUCACAAUCUUGGGAUGGGGAGUUUUUUUUACAAGUGACUAUAAGAGGCAUUUCUGUCGUGUUUGGAUCUGCAACCCUUUUUCUCAGAUCUGCUCAGAGGUCAUUGACUUUCUCAUCGUACUCUGUGUUAUUCAAUCCAGUGACUGCUCUCAAAUAAAUAUUUUUUUAUGUAGGCAAAGAGAAGCUACCAGUUGUAGUCAAUCAUGGUCGCUAACAAGAAAUCAAAAGCCUUGUAAAAUUAUUAUUGAGGUAUUUUGGGACUAAGAGCGCCACUGAUUUAAUUACUUAAGUGGCUGUAAGGGUGUUUCUGACCCUGUGCUGUUUAAAAAACAAAACAAAAGAAAAACAACAAAAUAAACCCAGAGGAAAUUAAAAUACUCACCUUGGAAACCAUGCCCAUUAUGUCUGUAUGUAAACCUCAGACUGACACUGUAAAUCAGGAACUAAUGUAUGUUACUUUCUUGCUUAAUGUCUGAAAUGUGAGAUACUAAUACAUAUACCUCAUAUAAUUACCAUAAAAACCAAGAGAUAAAAUGCAUGUGCCAGAUAAGUCCACCCCUCCUGAUCUGAAAGAAAAAAGCAAAGAUUAAUCAACAAUUCUUGACGUUAGGAAAAACCAAGUCUGCAAAUAUACAGUACCAGUUUACUUGAAUGCAGCAGUCAGUGCCGUCUAGUCAAGAUUGCACUCAAACGUUUCCUCCAUCAGUGACGGGACAGUAAAGGUCAGCGGUUUUCAGCAGUCAAACCAGACUUAGAACAAAUGCUUCAAGAAUGACUCAGAAUUUCUCAUUUUUAUUUAUUAUUAUUUUUAAUUAUUAUUAUUAUUAUUAUUAUUAUUAUCAUUACUAUUAUAAUUUUUUUUAUUAUUAUUGUUGUCAUAAAUAUCGAUUUAGGAAAUGAGUGUAAAUCAAGAGAAUGUUGUUGCGUUCAAGGGAAACAUCAAAGUUUAGUUUUUUUGGAUUUCCCAACUAGGCAUGCUAACUAUCGUACAAACUCAUCAGCCAGAAAAUGACGUCCUUGACUUCCAAGAACGAUUAUUAUUAUUAAGAAAUAAUUAAAUGAUUUCAUUAAAUGCUCUCAUACAAGCAAGCCUUCAUCUGAUGAAUAUUUGAAAGACUAUGACGGUUGCUAAACUGGACACGUUUUAAUCAGAAUGUCCUUUGACUACCUAAACGUAAAUAAAUGUGAAUAUGGCCUUUCGGAGAAAGCUACUUACUUCAGAAACAGAAGAAAGCCUACAGACUUAAAUACAUUUGAGCAAUAAUUUAAAGCCUUCUUAUCUGUGUGUCAACAUGUCUUAUUUUCUUCCUGUCACUGACAAAUGUCUUUGCAACAUUAAAUCUAAGUCCGUGCAAUGUACUGAUUUAAGAAGUUGAAAUGAGAAUGACAAUAAUCAUUUAAUUUCACAAUACUGUCAAAUGAUCAGGUUUGAUCUUGCAUGUUUUUACGAGGCUAACGUUAAAUGGUAUAGUUCUCGUUCCCAUAUAGUUCUCUCAUAAGCACUCACGUUUACUUGUACAUCACUACACUUUAAAAUAUUGGAUAUUUUUGAAGUGCAUGUUUAAGUAUUUUAUUAACAAUGAUAUGAUGAGAAAGUGUCUUGUGAAAUAUUAGUCUUAGACAAACGUAUCCAUAAUGAGUUCAGAUCCAACUUGUUCCUCUCACAUGCAUCACAUCAAUAUAAAUAAUCUGCAAGUCACAGUUUGCUUGAAACUAACGUAUGAUCUUAAUGUAUAACAAUAUCAGUGCACAUCUAGACCUUUCUGUCUUGUUUGGUGAAGAGAAAGGGACUUUUGUUUAGAACAUCUCAUUAUUCAUUGUGCGCGACAGCAAAAUAUCUCCAGAACAAAUUGAUUUUCAGAGAUUAAUUCACAUUUGAUUGUUUUGUUUAGCAUGUUGUGAACUGUUUUAGUAUACUAAGCCAUACUAUUUUCCAGUCUGGCAUCAUUGAGGAACUACAAUGGCAAUGAAGAUUUAAUGUACAUGAUGUAAAAACUAGAUUGUGGAUAAAAUAGCAUUAGUCUUCACUGCAGCUCUUUUUUUUCUCCUUUUUUUAAUGGCUCUACUGGCCUUUAUUAGCAGUAAUUAGACAGGAAAUGGUGCAGCAAAGGUUUAUGGGCCAGGACUCAAACGUGGGGUGGCUGCAUGAGGACCGUAGCCUCCGUACAUGGCGAGCUUGCUCAGGUGAGCUUUCUGCCGCAGGCUUGAGUUUUGUCAUACAUAUCUGUAGAGAUGGGACACUACUUUUUUGGCAUCUGGUACCAUAAUAGAUAUAGCAUAAAUACUUGAAAACCGUCUUCUUGCCCAAGGCAUCUGAAAUUUGAUGAGUUAAUAUAUUCUCUGGUGUUUACACCAUCUCUUUGUAUGCAGCUACCUUGAAUGUCAGGUUCAACUGCAAGAUUGUUAUCACCUGCAUCUGUGGAAGUUAUUGAUAACUUCUAUUGAGUUGUAGAUUACUUGAAUAUCGUAAGAAAAACUACAAUACAGGCGAAUCAUGUGGCCCAGUUGUGUUUCAUGCUUACACAUCAAUCCUGCCAAACUGUAAGCUGUGGAAGAAAAUGAAAGCUGAACAUACACACUUGAUGUAAAUUGAUCAUCUAUGCAAAUAAUUUACAAACUGAAAAUAAUCCAUAUUUGUGCAAAAUUUUAGUACAGUUGGUUAUUGAAAAAUAUAAAAUUGUAGCCAGAUGUCUAAUGUAACAUAAGAGGUUUAACACCAAUGGAUUGUGCUCACACAUGCAUGACAUUGGGAAGCGUGGACAGCGUUUUUCCACAUUUAAAUUGCCAUAUGAAACACCACUGAGAAGUUGCAGCGAAGAUCUACCCAUGGUAAUAACCCUGCAAUGUGGUUGAUGAUUGUCAGAAGGCUUGUGGAAACAUUUUAAAUAUUUUUUUAGAGGGAUUAAGGCAACCUUUACGCUGACAUCAAAGAGGGGUUAGAGACCAACACUUAAGCUAAUGGGAGCAGAGUCUGGUGUACAUAAAGGUAUUUAUGUAUAGUCUGUCCCUUAAUUUUGUCUAAUCGAUUGAUAGCUUGCUUGUUUCACUCCUCACAUGCACACGUGUAUAGAAAAUCAGGAAAAAGUAACAAGUCUUGGUUCUGAUGUUGCACAGGCCCAGCUUCCACUGAAUGUCACUGAUCAUUGUCUGAUUUGGAAAGCACCCUUCAACUUUUUACCUUGUCUACAUAUCAGAAUGCUCAAUAAAAUAUUUUUUAUAAUUAUUUUCUUUUGAUAUUUUCCACAGUUUUUAUAAGUGAUUUUCCUAAAAACAGCAUGAUUGGUACUUCCAUUUUGACUGUGUACCAGGGCCGCCACAGCGUGUCUGAAGAACAGUUCAGACUCAGAUGAACUGUCUGAAAGCAGCUCCGCUCCUCUGAGCUCUGAACUGAUCUUCUUUUCUUUAUAGGACCAAGACCAAACUUGUAAGAUUUGUUAAAAUUUUGAUAAUGUUGUGAGAUGUUUUAGUUGGUGCUUAUUUAAUAUUAAUCCCUGUAGAUGGAGUUAUCUUAUUUUGUGUUGUCUGGUUUGUUAUCUCAUUUAAUGUGUUACAUUGAUGUGGAAAUUAAAAUGUUGUGUAGAACAUUCAAAUAGUAGAUACUCAAUAAAUUGUGCUUACAUUUCUGAAUUUGAAA